ACGCUCGAGACCAAGAUGGACGGAAGAGUUAGAAAGAGUCGUCGCGAGUUAGAUCCGUUCACCAGCUUGAGAGUUCGGUGCCAGAGCCUCUCGUUGGCAAUGGAGACCGCAGCGGAUUUCAUCGACCACCUGAGCGACGCGGAUGGCAUAGCGUUCGGGGACGGCAUCGGUUCGCACGGCCGGAGCGGCGGCGCAACCGGUGGCGGCGAUGAAGAGCUCGGCGACAUGACCUUCUUCAUGUCCAACUAUGCAAAGGAGGCACUCAAGAUGAUGUUCAUGAUGCGGUCGCACCACAUGCUGACGGACGUGACGCUCGAGGUGGAACAGGAGACGUUCCAGGCGCACAAGGUUGUCCUGUCGGCGGCCAGUCCGUACUUCAAGGCGAUGUUCACCGGUGGGCUGAAGGAGUGCGAAAUGUCCCGGGUGAAGCUGCAGGGCGUGUGUCCGACGGCGAUGGCGCGCAUCCUGUUCUUCAUGUACACCGGCCACAUCCGGGUGACGGAGGUGACGGUGUGUCAGCUGCUGCCGGCGGCCACCAUGUUCCAGGUGCCGAACGUGAUCGAGGCGUGCUGCGCGUUCCUGGAGCGGCAGCUCGAUCCGACGAACGCCAUCGGGAUUGCGAACUUUGCCGAGCAGCACGGCUGCGAAACGCUCAAGCAGAAGGCGAACCAGUUUAUUGAGCGGAACUUUACCAAAAUCUGCCACGAGGAUGAAUUCCUGGAACUAUCUGUGAUUCAGCUAAUAAGUUUAAUUAGGAAAGACGAACUGAACGUGCAGGCCGAGCGGGACGUGUACGACGCGGUGCUCAAGUGGGUCAAACAUGACGAGGACAACCGGUACCCCAAGAUGGAGCACAUCCUGUACGCCGUGCGGUGUCAACUGCUGACGCCGAGCUUCCUCAAGGAGCAGAUGAAGACGUGCAACGUGCUGCGAAGGGCGCCCGCCUGUCGCGAGUAUCUGGCCAAGAUCUUCGAGGACCUGACGCUGCACAAGCGACCGGCCGUGAAGGAGCGCAAACCCAACACCACGCGGAUGAUCUUCGUGGCCGGCGGCUACUUUCGACAUUCCCUGGACAUGCUCGAAGGGUACAACGUGGACGACAAGGUGUGGAUCACGCUGCCCAAGCUGACGGUGCCCCGGUCGGGGCUGGGGGCGGCCUUCCUCAAGGGGACGUUUUACGCGGUCGGCGGACGGAAUAAUUCGCCCGGCUCGUCGUACGACUCCGACUGGGUUGACCGGUACAACCCGAUAUCGGAGACGUGGGGACCGUGCUCGCCCAUGUCGGUGCCGCGGAAUCGCGUCGGGGUGGCCGUCAUGGAUGAGCUGCUGUACGCAGUUGGAGGGUCCGCCGGUUCGGAGUACCACAAUACCGUUGAAUAUUAUGACCCCGAACUGGAUCGCUGGACGCUCGUCCAACCGAUGCACUCGAAGCGACUGGGCGUGGGCGUUGCCGUCGUGAACCGACUGCUGUACGCCAUCGGUGGCUUCGACGGCCGGGAACGGCUCGCUUCGGUCGAGUGUUACCACCCGGAGAAUAACGAGUGGACGGCGGUGCCUUCGAUGCAGCACGGUCGAUCGGGGGCGGGCGUUGCCGCGCUUCACCAGCACAUCUACGUCGUGGGCGGUUUCGACGGAACGCGCCAGCUGGAGACGGUUGAGCGGUACGACACGGAGCUGCAAAGCUGGGAAAUGGUUGCGCCGGUACGGAUAGCUCGAAGUGCGCUCUCGUUGACCGUGCUGGACGGGCGGUUGUACGCAAUGGGCGGGUACGACGGGCAGAACUUGGCGAUUGUAGAGGUGUACGAUCCGGCGACGAACGUGUGGACCGAGGGAACGCCGCUGACCUCUGGGAGGAGUGGGCACGCCUCGGCUGUGAUAUACACGCCGUCCUGCAUCUCAAGCUACAUGGAAAGUCUGAACAUUAGCGAAGACGCCAAGAACGGAAAGAAGGGUGAACGGAGAACGGGAGGAGGUUCGGACGAUGGUCCGACGAAUCGGCAAGCGAUGGAAUGCGUGUCGUCUUCAUCGUCGAACUCGCGGGGAGCCGGCCCUGGUGGACGGAGUUGCGCCGACAACAUCCCAAUCAACGUGCACGACGACUCCGAGCUAAUGAACGCGCUGUGCACUCAUGUCGAGGGCACCUGUCUCAAGAUGCCGUACGUGAUGACCCCGCCGGAAACGGUCAAGGAAGCGCCCAGCAGCGAGAGUGACUAUGCCAUGGAAACCGAUUCUAGUCUGUGUGAGGAAGAAAGUGACGACCCGGAGUCGGCGGAGACGAUCCCACUCGAGGGCGUUCCACCGCCGGAAGUCCCGCCCGUCAACGACUGCCAGCAACGAUCGGUGCCUCGCAAGUCCAAGUGCUUAAUCAAGCGGAAAGCGUCCGCCGUUUGGAACGACGAGCACUGCCCGCUGGUGCGACUGAAGCGACAAAUCACCUGCUUCGUGUCUUCGAUUGUGUCCCCGCCCUCGUCCUCGUCUGGUUGUUGUAACGGGUCAACAGCACAAGCAAAGGAACCGACGUCAGAUCCCUCCACUGACUCAUCCUCAAACGAAGCGACGCUUCGAUCGCAAAAAGACCGCACGAAGGACACGUUCUCCUGACCAUCAAUCUGCACAUUUCCACUCAAAAUCAAACACAUCCAGCCACAACAGACUGUGCGGACGACGUCGAUCCAUCUGCGGACCACAUUCGCCUGAUACAAAUCCAACCAAGUUCAAAUUGCAAAAACAAAAUGAAAAUCAUCAACCAACAUGUGCAUUCCUCCCACACACACACACACUCGGUAAGCUCAAUUCUUCGUUGCCGUUAGGCACUGUUGUAACUGCACCUUUCCAGCUAAUAUUUAAACGAAAAAAAAAAUCAAAUGGGAAAAAUUUAAUCGUUUUUCCCGAGCGUCGAAUUAGUAUGUAAGCCACCUUCGGAGAGUUGUGCCGCCCCGCGGGUCAUUCCCAUACUGUGUAUGGGACUGGCGUAGCGCAAACUCACAAACACUUUAUAAAUGGGUCCAACACAGUCUUGUUUUAUUCUUCGCGUUGGUGUCAUAACCCUCUACCUGUAAAUACCGCAACUCCGUGUAAAUAAAACUGUUUCAUACUAUUUUAAA